AUGAUGAACAUCAGUGUUAGGGGGAAUCGGAAGCUGUAUCUUAUAUACAGUCUUGGGUUUGAGAUUGACGUCAAGUUACGUAAAAUGUACGGCAAAAUUCUGGCCCAAAUUUUGUGUACGGGAACUUUACCGGCCAGCUGGAGCAUUCCCGAGAUGAUGAGUCCCAUCACGGGCUGA